AUGUUCUUGGUGAAGAAGCGCGUGUUUAGUGAAGAGGUGAAGGGUGAGGCCUACUAUGGCCUCACUCGCACCUCUAAAUGGUUGGUGAGGCCGGGGACAUCGGGCUUUGCUCCCAUGCUUACGAUGCUGAACCACCCUAUAUUCCUUGCACCAUGGCACUGCUUGACAUCAUUGGUUGACGUAGGUGGUGGCACUGGGACCGUGGUGAGUGCGAUAGUGAAGGUGCACCCGCAUAACUCAGGCAUCAAUUUUGACCUCCCGCAUGCUGUGUCGAGUGCACCAGAGCAUCCGAGUGUGGUUAAUGUCCGCGGUGACAUGUUCAUCUCUAUCCCUCAUGCUGAUGCAGUUUUGAUAAAGAUAUUGACACAUUGCAUACUUUUUCCCAGUUUCAGAAAAUCGACUCUGCCACGGUACUCUAACUUUUACCGAGGCGAGUUAUUCAGUCGAUCGAUAUUGCACGAUUGGGACGACGACGAUUGUGUGAAAAUCCUCGAGCAGUGCAAGAAAGCAAUCCCAAGGAACAGUGGGAAGUUGAUCAUCGUCGACGCGGUCUUGCAUCCUGACGAUGGUACAAGUGCUUUUGCAGACUCAAAGCUGGCAUUUGACCUCUUGAUGCUUGCAUUAGCACCAGGAGGCAAAGAAAGGACUGAAAAAGAGUGGAGAGCUCUAUUGAGCCAAGGAGGUUUCAGCAAAUGCAAUAUCAUAUCGCUUCCAACACUACAGGCCAUUAUUGAAUCUUUUAUAUUACUGUGCGGCCUUCAUUUAGCAAUUUUGUUUUUGUGA